GUCGUCCGAGGGAAGUUCGGGGUCGACCAGGACUCGAAGGGCGAGUGGUUCCCGAUCGAGUACGUGACCGACGAGGCGAUGGCGCGCUGGCGUGACGACGAGCUAGUGGCGGCCGACAGACUCCGUUCUCCCCAUGAUCGCUUGGAGAACGGGCUCUUCCCUGCUGCCGGGGGCGAUGCUGGUGGGACCCGCACCCCUCCGCCAGAGCCAGAGGCCGGGUCAGCCGGCCCGGGCGGGCUCCCUGCAGACUGGGCCGCCACUUACGAGAAGGAGGACCUCCGCACAUGCUGGAUCGACGCAGACGAGACUGGCGCCAGGUUCAAGGAGUGGAGGAAAGUCGUGCAAGAGAGCACGCAGGAGGUCUUUUCGGACUCGAACAUUCGUGGGCCUCCUGUUUGCCUUGAGAUCUGCCGCAAGAUGUAUCGUCGCGGUGGCGCGCCGAAGAUGUGGUUCCAGGAGUGGUGCAAGGAGCAGGGCGUGACCAGGAAGGAUCGCGCCUACCACGAGGUGCAGACCUUGAUCGAGGUCCUGUACCUCGCCGGGACGCACGACCAGCUCAACAUGGGCGCGCUGGCGUCCCUGGAGGUGGUCUCGAGGCGGCUGCUGCAGUACGUGGAGGCCUACGCGCACGGGGCCGACCAGGCGAACUGGGGCGCGGCGAAGUACCUGGGCGGCACGACCAACCCGCUCGACUUGGCGCCCGACGCGCUCCACAGCUACGUCAGUCGCCUGUCGAAGGAGGAGCACGAGCUGGUGGCGUUGCGGACGCUGUCCCGCCGAGGGGGGCGGGUGCCCGACCGUCUCCUGCAGAACGAAGGCCAGCUCGGGGCUUCGUGGGUCGUCUUUCCUGCCAUAGCCCCGCUGGCGGCGCUCCCCGAUGACUGGUGCGAGGGCCUGGCGCCUGGUCAGCGACGUCGCUGGCUGCGAGAUGGCAAUGCAGCCUGCAAGAGCAUGAAUUACUUGCAUUACGGCGAGCAUCGCGGUGGCAUGGCGCAUGAGGGAAGCGCAAGCCAGCGUAAGAUGGAUCUCAUCAGGGCCGAUGCGCAGCAGCGCGCGUUGUCGGCGGCUCGCCGUUGGAUUGACGUUGACAGCGCCAUCGCUGAGAAGGAGGCCUUGGCCAGGCUUCUGAAGGGCAAGGCGGGCUACGCUCCUCUUGGCGCUACCAACAUGGGCUCCCACGAGCGCUCGCGGGUCAGCUUGCCGGACAGCGUCCUCGACGCUCCUGCUCUGGCCCAGAUGCUACCCGCGGACGCGAGGAUUUUUCUCGAGGGGUACUCCACCAAGAUGCUGCUUCCCCCUCGUGAGGCGGCGUUCAUGCGAGAGCUGCGCGGAUUUCCGGGAUGCGAAGGGCUUGGCCGCAUCGAGGUGCCAGCGCUCAGGGGGGGGGACCUCAGCGAGCUGCGCGUCGUCUUGGGGGUCGGCGACGUCGCCGACUGCUUCCACCGGAUGAAGAUGCAGGGCGACAUCCGGCGCUACCCGCCGCUGGCGGCCCCGGCUACUGGCGAGGCCCUCAUCGAGGGCCAGGCGGCUGCCGACUGCGAGAUGGUCUGGCCCAUGAGCCAGAGCCUGCCGAUGGGCUUCUCUCGGUCGCUCUUCUUCGCGCAGGACCUCGGCCACUUCAUGUGCGUCGACAUCGCCGGCGUCCUUGUUCGCUCGGCCCUCUACGAGGCUCAGGCCGACUUCGAUGGGGCCACCUCAGGCUCCAUGAGGCUCUGCGCGCGGCCGACGGACGAGAGGUUCGCUGCCGUGCGGAAGGGCCUCCGCUGCCUCCUCAGGCAGCGCAAUGUUGCUGGCUGGCAGCUCGAGAUGGCGCUGGGCCACGUGACUUUCAUGGCCCUUGGUCGGCGCGAGGUACUGUCAGUUUUUCACGCAGUAUACGCCCUCGUGGCAAGCAGCUACCACGCGUUUUCAGUCCUAUGGCCUAUCGUUCGAGAGGAGCUGGAGUGCUACUUGGGGCUGAUGGUGAUGCUCGAGUCCCGCUGGAACCGCGACUGGAUGCCGUUCGUUUGCUCGUCGGAUGCCAGCCUCUACGGGCACGGCGUCGCUGAGGCGCAGUUCGACUCUGCCCAGGUGGCCCUCGUCGGCCGCGUCUCGGAGCUGAGUCGGUGGCGCCUGGGCGCUGGUCUGGCUCGUCAGCAUGCUUUUGAGACUGGGUCUCUGCUGAACUCAAGAAUGGGCGAGGUUGUCCGCGACGCCGAGGGGGUGCCGAGGCGGCUCGACUCCGAGCUGCUGGACAUCCUCAACAGCGAGCGCUGGAAGUGCGACCCCGGCUUCCCCGAGCUUCCUCAUGAGCUGCUUCGCGACUCUCAUUGGAAGACCGUGAUGGCGGAUCGCUGGGUGUUUGCCGACGAUAUCCUGAGGCUUGAGGCCAGAGCACUGGUGAAGGCUGCCUCUCGCGCGGCCCACUCUCAGCCAGUCAAAGACUGCCGCGUCCUUCUGCUGUGGGACAAUCUCUCAGUAGUGCUCUGCUUUUGUCGCUUCAGGUUCAGGGAUUUUCGGCUGCUAAUUCAGCGGACGCUGCAGCGCAGCUUUUCGCCCCCGCAGGCGCCGGUCGCGGGCUUCCCUCGAGAG